AUGGCUAGACGGAGCAAAAAUCUUCCACAAGUUACUCCACGGUUAGUGGCAGUAUCUAAGAUAAAGCCAGCAUCUUUGAUAAUCCAAGCAUAUGAAGCUGGUCAAAGGCAUUUUGGAGAGAACUAUGUGAAUGAGCUAGCAGAAAAAGCUAGUGAUCCCCUUAUAUUAGAAAAAUGUAAUGAAAUAAAGUGGCAUUUUAUUGGUCACUUACAGACAAACAAAAUAAACAAAUUGCUAGGCUCUCCUGGCUUAUUUAUGGUUGAAACAGUUGACUCUGCGAAGUUAGCAGAUAAUUUAAAUAAGCAGUGGGUGAAGUAUAGAAAAGGAGAGGAGAAAUUAAAGGUUAUGGUGCAGAUAAAUACGAGUGGUGAAGAAGCCAAAAAUGGUAUAGAACCACCAGAAACAUGUGAUCUUGUUGAAAAUUUAUUAAAGAACUGUCCAAAUCUAGAAUUUGUGGGUCUUAUGACCAUUGGCCAAUAUGACUAUGAUAUGUCCAAGGGGCCUAAUCCAGACUUUGUAACAUUGGCCAAAUGUCGAGAGGAGGUGUGCGAAAAAUUGAAUUUAGAUAUAAACAAAGUGGAACUCUCAAUGGGAAUGUCCACUGAUUUUGAACAUGCUAUUGAGAUAAAAAAUGUUGUGUACCUGGAUGCCUGGAAACCGGUGUUUCAGACCCAAAACUACAUUCAAGGAGUUGUUCAAUACAACAAUCCAUCGAAAGUUCCUUUCGAAGUGCACCAUCUACCUCAAAAGUUUCAGACCCAAAACUACAUUCAAGGAGGUGUUCAGUACAACAAUCCAUCGAAAGUUCCUUUAGAAGUGCACCAUCUACCUCAAAAGAAUGUACGAGGACGAAAAGAAGAAUAUAUAAAGCCACAACUU